AUGUCUUUAUUAUCUAAAAAAUUCUUUGAUUUAUUACCUUCUUCAGUUGAAUUCAGUGAAGAAAUUAAAGAUUAUAUUACAGGUUUAAUUGAUGACCUAGACUCUAACAACAAUAACGAAACGGAUUUACGAGAAGUUACCGAACAAUUUUUGGUUGAUGCUGGAAUUCCUAAAAACGACAUUGAAAAACUUUAUAUUGAUUUAGCUGCUAAUAAUAUCGUUAAAAAUAGCGAUAAUGAUAAAGAAUUAGAAAAAUUAUCUAAUAAAAUUCUAAAUAAAAUAAAUCAGAUAUCUAACAAAGAGACGAAAACUAACACCAACAAUAUUAAUAGUAAUGUUGACAAAAAAUCAAAGAAACAAUUAAUCAAUACUGCUAGCACUAAUGAUGACAGCAAGAAAACUGCAGUAGAAGAAGUUGAUUUAAAAGAUGUCAAUGUUAUUGUAGGCGAUAAAGAAUUGUUGGUGGAUGCACAUGUAAAAUUCAAGACAGGAGUUCAUUAUGGGCUAAUUGGAAGAAAUGGUGUAGGAAAAUCAACAUUUUUGAAAUCUAUUGGUUAUAAUAAACUUGUCGGAUUUCCAAAAAAUAUUCGUGUUUUGUAUAUUGAACAAUUGGAAAGCGUCGAAGAAAAGACGACAGUUUUAGAAACGGUAGUUAAGGCUGACAAAGAACGAACCAGAUUGUUGCACGAGAAACAAAUUCUACAGAAUGCAAUCGAAUCUAAUGAAAUCAAAAAAAUUGAUAAUGAAAAGGGUGACAAUGGUGAAAUUGAACUAAAGCCAUAUCAACUUUUUCAAUUAGCACAAGAAGAAGUAACAGCAACAACUUCUAAAACAAAUGGGGGUGGUGGUGGCGGCGAUAACGGUGAAUAUAAUGAGAUUGCCAAGAAACUUUUUGAAAUGGCACUUGAAGGUUUUGACAAAUUAUUGUUGGAAAGUAAAUUACAAGAAAAAAAGAAAAAUGAUGGCGAGAUACAAAAGGGUGUAGAUAUGCUUAAAGAAUUGGUUGAAGGAAAAGAAGGUGAAAGGAACGAAGAUGAAAAGAAUUCGGAGUUUUUUGAGAGUUGGCUUGCGCUUGGAAAAGGUCAAAUAUAUUUGUCUAAAUUACAAAGUUCUAAAUUCGAUGAUGAUAACGAACAAGAAAAUUACACAAUUUCUGAAUCAGAGUUGAAUUUAUAUUCUCAAGGAAUAAAAGCUUUUGAUCAUCUUUUUGAAAAAGAUGAUUCUUCUCAAGAAAUUUGGGGAAGUUGUUUAUAUAAUUUGGUAAAAUUAAAAAAAAAUAGCGAUGAUUCAGACAUUAUUGAAAGUAGUAAUGAUGAUAACAAUUGUUAUUAUUUGGAACAAUUAGAUAAAGCAAUCAAAAAGCUAUCUAGUUCAAAAGUUCCUUAUGUUGAAAUGCUUGGACAAGCAUACCUAUUAAAAUCAACGUUGGAACAUGACGAUAUAGAAUGUAAUCAUGCAUUUGAAAAGGGCAUAGAAUAUUUGUUUGAAGCCUAUGAACUUGAUCCAGGAAAUGAAAAUUUGAAAGAACAAUUAAUGGCUUUAGAAGAGGCCAUAGAGCAAGCAAAAAUUGUUUUAGAAGAAAAUUCAAAGUUCUGGAUAAAACGUAAAAAGAAUUGUAUGGCUAAAAGAUUAAUCCUCCUAUUGACAGAGUAUCAGGUUUUUGUGUUCUUGGAUUGUGAAAAUGGACAUAAUGAAAUAAUUUUUCAUGUACAUCCUGAUAAACCCUGUCCUUAUGUUUGUUCAAAUCUUGGUCAGUGUAUUAAUUGGAAAAUUAAUUAUGAAGAAUAUAUAAUUUCUUAUCCACCAAUUUUAAUAUUUGAAUUGACUCAGAGAGAUGGUAAUUCAUAUCAUCCAUCAAAUCAAUUAGACUUUCCAUUGCAUCUUUAUUGCAAAUCAGGUGAAAAAACUUUGGAAUAUACGCUGAUAGCUUGUGCAUUUAGUACCUUACCAGCUUGUGCAUUUAGUACCUUACCAGGUGGACAUUAUUUCUACUGUAAAGUAAUACAAAGCUUCAAUGAUCAAAUGGCUGUCUACAGAUAUAAUGAUUUGGAGGAUGGAGGAAUG